AUGCAGUGCUUCGGGUGCUUUUCCUUUCUCGCUGGGCGGAACACCAAGCCCGCGCCGAGCUGGAUUCCCUCCUCCGCCAGCAACCAACCGUCACAUGAGAUCGAGCGGCAGGCGACCAAGAUCGUCGACACCGAGGCCCUUGCGAAGGCCGUUCUGCGGGGCAUCGAGGAAACCAUCAAGGCGUACCAGGCCAUGUCAAUGAACACCGUCUUGCGAGAGGCCAUCGAGACGGCGCAGUGCGCCGCGGAAGAGCUCUUCGACUUUGCGCGGGAACACCCGGUCUUCGUCACCAUCGUCGCCAUUGGGGUUCUGGCUUUGCUGGCGCCCUGGGCGGUCGAGGCUCUUGGGUUCGGCGAGCUUGGGCCGGUCGAGGCAAGCUUUGCCGCCCUCUGGCAGUCCACAUACCGCGGCUUGGUUCCGAAAGGCUCGCUCUUUUCCUUCUUCCAGCGGCUCGGUAUGAUAUGGGGUCGUGCAUAA